UUAUACCAACCGAGCUUCCGUACUUGGAAAGUAGCAGCAGUUAGCUUCUAUUGCACAACUCAAGGACACCUGCCAACAUUUCACGAUGUCUCCCAACCCAACGUCGCUGGCUCCUCUGGCUAAGAAGCUGAUGAAGGGAGUGAUCGUGGUGGAGCUGCUGGGCUUCUUCGGGGCGUACGGCCUCUUUCACAAGAUGAACGACAGUCAAGAUUUCAGGAGCACCAUGAACAGGAAGUUACCGUCCAUUCUGGAAGUUUACUACCAGUCCAACGAGUGGGCGGGGGUCCACGGCGUCCGGGAGAAAGACCUCGCCGCCUGGUCGGUCGAACAGGACUGAACAUGUCCCUCAAUAAAAACCUCCACUAUCACACGGCAGCUGCUACUUCUUCCUCUUCCCGAAGGUCUUCCCUCCCGCCCUGGGUCGCCCGAAAGCCUUCCUCUUGUUGAACAUGGUCUUCUUCUUCCGCAUCGUCUUGGCGUCGCGGCCCUGCAUCCAGUCGUCUCGGUUAGCCUCCCACUUCAGCUGCUUCUGGCCUGGGGGAGACAGGAAGUCAGAACAGACAGGAAACUCAACGUCUCUGGUUUUAUAGAUCAAGUGUGACUAAGAUCUAAUAUUUAUGCACAUGUUUAAAGUAGGGAUGCACCAAUGAAUCAUUUUUCUGCUGAUGUUUUAUUUUUAACUUUUCCACUUUUGUGCCAGGAAAACAUCGACUGUUUUUCAAGCCUACAUCAGAAUCUGUUUUAAUGCCAAGUGGGUUUACAUAAGAAGAAUUUGCUUUGGUAUAAGGGGUGCAUUCAGAGACCCAUAAGAAUAAGUAACAUAAAUAAAGUCUAAUAAAAUAGGACAAGACACUCUACUUAUGUGGAGCGUUAUGCUAAUUUACAAAGGAGGGCGCAUGGAGCAGAAAUGUGCACUAAAGCUAUGAUAAACUACCUUUGAAU